CGACACCCGCCCGCGGCGGGGCACGCACCGCGCGCACUCACUCGCCAAACAAUGCUCCGAGGCGCCCGGCGGGGCGGCUGGAGGCUCGGCGACCGACGGCGAAACCCAGCCACCGCAGCCCCGAGGAAGUAUCUCUGUGAUCCCCUCCUGCUCGCCACCAGAUCACUCCAGAGAACCAGGCCCAAGAUGAACCAGGACACCAUUGGCUCAAGAUGCAGCAGGCCAUCCGACUGAACCCUGAGAGCAUGAAAAUGUCUGCGUGCAGUGACUUUGUGGAGCAUAUCUGGAAGCCUGGGUCCUGCAAGAACUGCUUCUGCCUGAGGAGUGACCAUCAGCCAGCACCUGGCCUGCCCCAGGCCCGAGCUGGCAGCCUGCCCCUGCCCCCUCACCUGCCCCCCAGGCCUGAGCUUUGCCGCCUGGAAGAUGAAGGCGUGAACAGCUCACCCUACUCCAAGCCCACCAUUGCUGUGAAACCCACCAUGAUGAGCUCUGAGGCCUCCGAUGUAUGGACAGAUGCAAGCAUGAGCACCGACGUCUCGCAGGUCAUCUGGAGACGUGCCCCUGGCAAGCAUCCGCUCCCCAAGACUCAGGAGGACUUGCCCAUCGUGUACCUGGGCAGCUUCCGGGGCAUGCAGAAGUCUCCUGGGUCCCCCACCACCGCAGAUGGCCACUCCCGCUGUCCCCCUGCCUACACCAUGGUGGGCCUGCACAGCCUGGAGGCACGGGGGAACCCCGCUUUCCACCCAGUGGGGUACCCCGCCGAGAAGGCUAACCGGGAGGAGAAGGCUGUAGGCUCCUACCCAGAGGUGCCCCUUGCGCAGGAGAGUUUCCGCCAGAAACUGGCAGCUUUUGCCGGCCGCACGUCCAUCUGCCCCAAGGGUCCUGGGCCCGAGUCGCUGCCCUCGGAAGAUGACAGCGACCAAAGAUGCUCCCCGUCUGGAGACAGCGAGGGGGGAGAGUAUUGUUCCAUCAUGGACUGUUGCCCCGGGAACCCUGCCACAAACGCCACCCCGGCUCAGGGUUCUCAGCCCAGUGCAGGCUCUGGGGACUGCCCUGCUCACCACUGGAAGCAGACGCCCCCCGAGAAGGAAGCAGCACACUGGGGAACGUGCCCCCAGGAGACCUCACUGCGCCUGGACACGCAGAAGGCGCCCCUGACCUCCGAGGGGACCGCUUCUUCCGAUGGCAGGUCUUGUGGGAGCCGCAGCAGCGGCACCAGCAGCCCCUUUGCCCUCCACCUCGAGAGCGAUUAUUGCUCCCUAAUGAAGGAACCUGCGCCCCCCGGGAUGCACAUGCAAGGAGAUUCGGGCUGCCACGCGCUGGGGACCUCGGGCCUGGACCUGGGUGCAGAGUCCUCGCCUCCAGCCCAGGCUGAGCCCAUUUACGCUGAGAGCACCAAGAGGAAGAAAGCCGCUCCUGCACCAUCCAGGCUGCAGGCCAAGGCGGAGGUGGCUAGUGCGCCCCAAACCCAAGUGCGGACCCCUAACACCUGGACUCAGAAAACUGCAUCCAGCUGGGGCCGGGAGCGGGAAGGUCCAGAUCCGAUCCCCCAGGUGGCAGCCACCAUCACGGUCAUGGCGGCCCACCCAGAAGAGGACCACCGGACCAUCUACCUGAGUAGCCCCGACUCUGCAGUGGGGGUGCAGUGGCCCCGAGAGCCGCUGAGCCGGGUCACAGACGCCAGUGUCCCAGACGCUUCAGCAGGGCCGGCGCUGAAUUCCAGGGAAAGCCGCCGCCAAGAUCCUGCCAACGAGAACACACACAAGGGGAGGCCUGCCAUCCCCCCAAAACUGUCUAAAAGUAGUCCUGGGGGCUCCCCAGUGUCGCCUUCUGCUUUCCCUCUAGCCGAUCUCAGUGAGGGGAACUCCGGGACUGGACCUGGACCCCAGCUCUCAUCCAGGCCUCCUGCUGACCCCGCUGCUCCAUGCCGGCCCAAUGGUGUAGCCAGCAUCGACACUGCCAAGGGCCCCCCACCUGCCACAUCUUCGGCAGCCUUCGACCAAAGGCGGCCCCGCUUCCAGACCGGGGCCUGGAGCCGCCAGUGUCGGAUCGAGGAAGAGGAGGAGGUGGAACAGGACCUGUUGAGUCAAGGUUGGGCUAGAGAGAAGGAAAAUGGUGCCAGGGACCUCUCAAGCUCCUCAACCUGGCAUCGCCUUCAUCCUCCAGACAGCUCUUCUGAACCCAACAAUAAAGUUGGGGUGGGCAUGAGCAAGUCCGCCUCUUUCGCCUUCGAGUUCCCCAAAGACAGAAGUGGGAUGGAGACCUUCUCACCUCCACCUCCGCCUCCGAAGUCAAGGCACCUUUUAAAAAUGAACAAGAGCAGCUCUGAUUUGGAGAAAGUGAGCCAGGGUUCUACGGAGAGCCUCAGCACAUCCUUCCGGGGUGGCCACGUCAGUUUCACCACUGGCUCCACAGACAGCCUGGCCUCCAACUCCAGGACCUGCAGUGAUGGAGGCCCCUCAUCCGAGCCCACCCACUCACCCACCAACAGCGGGAAGAAGUUGUUCGCUCCUGUUCCAUUCCCUUCGGGCUCCACUGAGGAUGUGUCCUCCAGCAGCGCCCUGCAGCCCCCUCCACUCCCCCAGAAAAAGUUAGUGAGCAGAGCUGCCAGUUCCCCAGAUGGCUUCUUCUGGACUCACGGGUCCCCCAAACCAAGAACUGCGAGUCCCAAACUGAACCUCAGCCACUCGGAAACCAAUGUCAGUGCCCAUGAAGAGCCCCCCUUCAGCUACUCCUGCAGCCCUGGGAACUUCCACAACCCUCUCUUCUCUUCUGAGCCUCUGGAGAAAACUUUUAAAGGGAACGGCCACUGGGGCCCAGCCCCAGGCCUGGCGGGCAGCCCAGGCAGUGCUGGAAGCCCUGGCCCCCAGUGCAGAGGGGUCCCUUCGGCCUCCUCCUCGCAGCUGAGUGUGUCCAGCCAGGCCUCAUCCAGUAGCACACAGCUCCAGCUCCACAGCCUCCUGAGCAGCAUCAGCAGCAAGGAAGGGACCUAUGCCAAGCUAGGGGCGCUCUAUGCCCAGUCCCUGGUGCGCCUCGGGGCCAAGUGUGAGGACCUAUUCCUGGGCGGCCAGAAGAAGGAGCUGCACUUCAAUGAGAACAACUGGUCACUCUUCAAGCUGACCUGUAACAAGCCUUGCUGUGAUUCAGGGGACGCCAUCUACUACUGUGCUACCUGCUCUGAAGACCCUGGCAGCACCUACGCUGUGAAAAUCUGCAAAACCCCUGAGCCCAAGUCUGCCGCCUACUGCAGCCCGUCUGUGCCCGUGCACUUCAACAUCCAGCAGGACUGCGGCCACUUUGUGGCCUCCGUGCCCUCCAGCAUGCUCACCUCUCCGGAUGCGCCCAAGGCCCCUAUGCCCGCCCAGACCUCACACCCCCCAGCUCAGGAGCAGGACUGCGUGGUGGUCAUCACCCGCGAGGUGCCCCACCAGACUGCCUCGGACUUUGUGAGGGACUCUGUGGCCAGUCACCAGGCUGAACCUGAGGUGUACGAGCGGCGCGUGUGCUUCCUGCUGCUGCAACUCUGCAACGGGCUGGAACACCUAAAGGAGCAUGGAGUCAUCCACCGGGACCUGUGCCUAGAGAACCUGCUGCUGGUGCACUGCACCCCGCAAGCCUCCCCCUGCUCCCCGGGGCCCUCCCACACCGCUCCCUCCUCUUCCUCCUCUUCCACUUCCACCUCCACUGCUGCAACCACUGCCCCUACUGCCCACCCCAACCCCAGCCCUCCUUCUGCCUCCAUCCCAGCCUCUGUCACCCCCAGUCCAGCCUGCGGGGGCUCACCCGGAGAUAAGCAUUUACCCCGCCUGAUUAUCAGCAACUUCCUAAAAGCCAAGCAGAAGCCGGGGAGCACCACCAACCAGCAGCAGAAGAAGAGCCAGGCCCGGAUGGCCCCCGAGAUCGUGUCUGCCUCCCAGUACCGCAAGUUUGAUGAGUUCCAGACUGGCAUCCUCAUCUACGAGCUGCUCCACCAGCCCAACCCCUUUGAGGUGCGGGCCCAGCUGCGGGAGCAAGACUACCGGCAGGAGGACCUGCCGGCGCUGCCAGCUCUGUCCCUCUACUCUCCGGGCCUGCAGCAGCUGGCGCACCUGCUACUAGAGGCCGAUCCCAUUAAGCGGAUCCGCAUCGGCGAGGCCAAACGCGUGCUGCAGUGUCUGCUCUGGGGACCCCGGCGGGACCUGGUGGAGCAGCCCGGAGGCUCGGAGGAGGUGCUCCGGAGCACGCUGCAUAACUGGAUCGACAUGAAGCGGGCCUUGAUGAUGAUGAAGUUUGCCGAGAAGGCGGUGGACCGCCGGCGCGGAGUGGAACUAGAGGACUGGCUCUGCUGCCAGUAUCUGGCGACCGCGGAGCCCGGAGCCCUCCUGCAGUCGUUGAAGCUCCUGCAGCUUCUGUGAGCAUCGCUGCAGCCCUGCACUUUAGUUCUU